AUGACGUCAAGGAUCAGUCAAGUAAGUAAAACGCCCCGCAUCUUUGGGUCUUUUUUACCACGGUUGCUGCUGCAAGAGGAUUUCGCAAAUGUUCAUUUAAGGAGGAUCUCAAACGUUUGUCUAUUUUUCCCACCGCAGAACGAGUCCUUCUUUUCGCUCGUUCUUUUGUGGACUUUAACAAUGGGAAGAUUAGACACUCUCAGAUCAUUUAAUUUAUUAACAUGGCUGAGAGAGGAGAGGCAAUCAAGGAAGUUGAUUCUGGUUAUCGUGUUCAUCGCCUUGCUAUUGGAUAAUAUGCUUCUCACGGUGGUCGUACCCAUCAUUCCAAGUUAUCUAUACACCACUGAUACCAACACUGUCAAGAAUCACACCACCUCACCACCCAACUCUUCCGGAACCUUCCAGACCAUUGUGUCCCUGUAUGACAACUCAGUCAGGGUGACCAGUGGGGAACCCGCUGAUAUCAGACCCUUGGGUGGGACCAUCCCGCCCCCUGCUACCACCCUUGUGCCCCAGAACAGCUCUGACUGCAUCAAAAAUGAUGACCAGCUUCUUAAUGAGAACGUCAAAGUGGGACUGCUGUUUGCCUCCAAGGCCACUGUACAGCUGAUCACCAACCCCUUCAUAGGGCCACUAACCAACAGAAUAGGGUACCAGAUCCCCAUGUUUGCAGGCUUUUGUAUCAUGUUCCUGUCGACCAUUAUGUUUGCCUUCUCAUCGAGCUACGCUCUGCUGUUUCUGGCCAGAUCCAUGCAAGGUGUCGGUUCUUCAUGUUCAUCUGUGGCUGGAAUGGGGAUGCUGGCCAGUGUGUACACGGAUGAUGAGGAGCGAGGAAAUGCUAUCGGCAUAGCGCUGGGUGGCCUUGCUAUGGGAGUACUGGUGGGCCCACCAUUCGGGAGUGUGAUGUAUGAGUUUGUAGGGAAGACAGCUCCGUUCCUUAUCCUGGCAGUUCUGGCCUUGUUGGAUGGAGCUUUACAGCUCUUUAUUCUCCAGCCUUCCAAGGUGGAGCCAGAGAGUCAAAAAGGAACACCACUAUUGACUCUUAUGAAGGAUCCAUACAUUCUUAUUGCGGCAGGUUCCAUUUGUUUUGCAAACAUGGCCAUCGCGAUGCUGGAACCAGCCCUACCCAUCUGGAUGAUGGAGACAAUGUGUGCAAGGAAAUGGCAACUAGAAAACUAA